UGGUACCGCAGACCAGCCAGCCACAGGCACUGACAGUAGGCUAGUAUCGGAAUUCGGAGCUGCGUUAGUCUGUUGCAGCGCUGUCGCGACAUGUAACGUGGUUCACAGCAGCUCCCAGGAAAGGCUGCAGUUCUCCCGCGUUCCAGAGAGGACUUCGCCGUUACCUCUCCAUUAAUGUCUUUAAUAAUAGUUCCCUGCCCACGAUUACGAAUGUGCGUUCAUUACAUUCAAACCACACCCACACGGAGUUGGAGUUAUUUCAGCUACAGUUUACUUAAUGAGAAACAUACUGGAUUGGCCUGUGCACACUGUUUCAUUAUUGUACUGCUAACUGCUGCUUUGAAGAAGUAAACUUAAUGAAAAACAACAUCCCUGACUGUGAUUCCAUUGCUCUGACCAGCACUCUUCUGCGAACACCACCCCAUCCCUGAACCACAAGUUAGUUUAAUCCUCUUCAUCUUAACAAAACGGAGCACAGUAUUAUUACUUUUCCUCCCCGUUGCAUCUGAGCUCUCUGAUCAUCACCAUGGGUUACGGUUACAGUAAGGAAGAGGAAGAGAUCAUGAUCUCAGAGAUGUUCCGUAUAGCUGAGACACAUGGUGUGAUUCCUGAUAUUACAAUCGACAGCUCCUUACUGAUGUACUCAGGACUGGAUUCAACAGCUGUACUAGAACAGCACAGUUCUCAGAUGGUCAGUGACCUGGUGAGCAAAGUUCCAGACUAUAUGACCGACCUGGGCUCCUCUUUAUCUGCUUUCAAACAUGUACCAAAUGCAGUUGGAUUGGGCGCGUUGGUCAUCUCCUUCCUAUUAGACCUCACGGUCAGUUCUUUGGUCACGGCUCCCGAGGACAGCCCCCUGAACAUGAUAGACCGGAUCUUCGCUGAGGAAAAGGCCUCGGGGGUCAGAGACUCCAUGGACGAGUACCUGAAACGCCUCCAAAAGUAUGUGUGGGAACCAGAACAGGCGCUAGAAGAGACCAAAUGUCUGGAGAAACAGCUGAGUAGGCAUCUGACCGGUCUGAGGAACUCCAUGCAGAAGGACGGCCAAAUGAGCUCCCGCGCCAUGAAGAUCUGGGCCAAUGGCGCGGCGUUCCAUGCGCAGAUGCUAAUCCACGAGGCGCGGCUCAUGAUGGCGGGAUAUGGAACGAAGAAAGAAAAGAACCUUGACGUUCGAGUAGCUUCUGUCCGCAACAUGGUGGAUCACUAUCGAAAGCACUUGGAGGACUUGUUAGAUAAGUACAAGAGCUAUAAACACACUAACCUGUACUUCAUUAAGAGCCAGCGUAUCUGUGCGGCAUUUGGUUGCUCAGACCCACACUGUUCUGUUUAUGACGAAGAGCUUGGAAAGAGUACGCCUUCUAAGGAUGAAUUUUGUCCCGAAUCAUUGGACGCCUACAUCAACUACAUGUUUAGCAACUGGGGCCAGAUAAAGAAGCUGAAUGAUUAUUUUACUGACCUUAAGACUAACAUAAGGGAACUGAUAACACAAAACAGGAAUUUUACCAUGUAAAAUGUGUAGCAAACAACAGAAGCAGAAGUGUCCAUGAGCAUGAGCCAUGAGCUGUUGCACUACAUCAGGUGACAUGUCAUGUAGCACAUUAGAAUGGGCUUGGAGGAUGUUAAAGGACAAGAGCCAUUAACACACUAACCUGCUUUUUAAAUUAGAAUCUUUGUGAUAAUUUUUCAGAGAUUGUAUUCAAUAAUUAAUAUUUCAUAACUGAAUAAUUAUCAUCAUUUUAAUAUUCCAUUUUUAUUACAGAUGCAAAACUGUGUUUGGGACACAGCCAAAGGAAAAGCUUUUACUGCUGCAUUGCAAAACACACACAGCUAAUUUCAACAGUGAUAAAGUGAUGCGCUUUAUAGGAUAAAUAAUAGGAUUAUAAUACUGAGAAGCUCUUUAGUUUUUUCAUGUAGAUUAACAAAAGGGAAAAUGUGAUGCUUGUUAUUAAAAUUUAAUUUGACAUUUCACAUUGCUGAAGGUAAAUUAAAUAUUGUUACUACAUUUCCUGCAAUCAUGUAUUGAGGCUUAUUACUUGAAUGGAACAUAUUUAGCCUUUUCGCUACAUAUGAAAUAUACUGUACAAUUAUGAAAGAUCACUUAUUAAAAUCACAGCAUUGUUUUAAA